UUUUUGUGUGUGCGUGUGUGUGUUUUAGUUUUGCCAAUUGCCUUCUAAAUGUCUGGGGAAGACGACGACUAUCCCGCACCAAGUGAUCCUCUGCAUAAUAAUGAUGACGACGACUACGAAGAAGACGAUGAUGGCGAAGAGAUUACAGCUCAAAAAGUGCUGGAGUUUUUAGAAACCGCAUGGACUAACGAAAUGUGUGCUCCUGACAUCUUGCAGCAUCAGAGCGAUAUGCUGGAGCUUAUGAUGGGUCAGGUGGCCCAUAUGGAGGAGAACAUGAAAGACUUGGACAAAAACGACUUUCGUUACAUAGUGCAUCAAAUGGAGUUGGAACGCAUCCGCUAUAUUAUGGCGAGUUAUUUGAGGUGCCGUCUGCAAAAGAUCGAAACAUAUACGAAACACAUUAUCAACGAGGAAGCCACAAGGAGUGCAGAGGAAAAACGUUUAUCGCCCGAGGAAACAAAGUUCGCUCAGGAAUACCAUGACAAUAUGGAGGAAUGCUUUCAACACAUAGCCCUGCAGUAUAUGCCCAAUACACAAAGAUCCGAGACGGAUCAGAGAAUUGUUAGACCGAACCUCAUGAGUCAUGUGUUUAUCAAAGCAAAUGUUUCUGUACCUGCUGUGGUCGUCGGUGUUGAUGACGAGGAAGUCGAUUUGGCGGCGGGCUCUCAGCAUAUAAUACCCUAUCAAUUGAUUGCAGACCUUGUACAAAAACAACAGGUUCAACUUAUAUGAUAUGGAUUCUUACACAUUUUAAGGCACCCAUGCACGUUUCUUCUUUUUUUAUUUUACAAAACAAAGCGAGUAUUAAUGGAAAAUAGAUGCAAAAUUUGCCUCCAAUUUUCAUAGAAAGAUAAAGCCAAGUAAAUCUCUCACGA